GUCUUGUCUGUGAGAAAGAAUCAUUGCCUCUUGUAUUCGUGGAAUAUUCCAUUCCUCACCAUCAAUCAGUCCCUUGCCCAUCCCUCUUGGCUGGCAAUGGACCUCCGCGCUCUCCCGCGGGACCUCAUCAUCUCGUUAUGACGUAGCCACCCCGAUCAACGAAUAACGCACCAACGACCAUCCGCACAGCUUCCAACACCCUAGAUGCUUUCAAAUCAUCGAAUCUCUCAUACGUACAUACAUAUAUAUUAUACUUCUCCGGAGCUUCCGUUCAAACCUUUUAAAUCCACGAAUUGCCCAGAUUCUCAUACACCUACAUACCUAUAACAAGGAGACGACUUACCUCUUUUAUCACAUUUACGCCCAUUAUCAUGUCUUUCAUCAUCAGAGCUUCUACCAGAGCAGCGGCGGUGCGCCGAAUGGCGACACCGGCACAGGCACGCUGCUUCUCAAUCUCGACUUCUCAGUUCCUAAAAGAGACAGCUAGAGACUCCCCCAACCAAGGCGAAGCCUACGAGCGCGCCAAGCAAGAGCAGCUCCGCCUCAAAAAAGAGGGCAAGCACGAGUGGAGCGCCGACCUCGCAUCCGCGAGCGAGGAAAACGUGCAUGCGGAUCGUAAUUAUAAGGAUAUAGGUAUUAAGGAGCUGCAGAGGGAGGCGAAGGAGAGGGCGGAGAGGGAGAAGAAGGAGGGGAGGAGAGAGGAUCCGGUGUCGAGGAUUAAGAGCUGAGGGACUGCGAGGGCCGAUGGAAUGGAGUAAUGAAGGCAUGAUGAUGGGAUGGUAUUGUGUGAAACAAUGGGGUCAUGGACGCAUUCCCACAACAACGAAGGUUGAUAACAUGGAAU